CGCCUACAGCCAAUAGAACUCUGCCUUCUACCAUGAUGCCCUGGAGAACUGUCCUGAAUGUCCUACAGAACACUGACCUACAGAACACUGACCUACAGAACACUGUCCUACAGAACACUGUCCUACAGAACACUGACCUACAGAACACUGUCCUACAGAACACUGUCCUACAGAACACUGUCCUACAGAACACUGUCCUACAGAACGCCGACCUACAGAACACCGACCUACAAAACGCCGACCUACAGAACACCGAUCUACAGAACACCGACCUACAGAACGCCGACCUACAGAACGCCGACCUACAGAACGCCGACCUACAGAACGCCGACCUACAGAACGCCGACCUACAGAACGCCGACCUACAGAACGCCGACCUACAGAACGCCGACCUACAGAACGCCGACCUACAGAACGCCGACCUACAGAACGCCGACCUACAGAACGCCGACCUACAGAACGCCGACCUACAGAACGCCGACCUACAGAACGCCGACCUACAGAACGCCGACCUACAGAACGCCGACCUACAGAACGCCGACCCACAGGGCUAUCCUCAAUGGGCUCUUAAAGGGCUUCAGUGUAUUGAACCAGAACAAGGCCUAGGUUAGAGUUAUGGGUCUGUAAUGUAUUGAA